AUGGGUUGCCAUGGAAGAACCACAACACCGACUCUCUUGAAAAGAAAUGAAGAAAUAACAAAACUCAAAAAAGAGCAUGUGGAUGAGGUUAGACAGUUUAAUGAUAGGAUACAAGAAAUGGAGGAGAAACGUCGUCAAGAUAAAGAAGAAAUGGAAAGAAAAAUGCAGCUGCUUCUUAAGGCCAUUUUGAAUCAAAACACCUCAGAGUUGAAUAUAGAGGCUCUCGCAGCUUUGGUAUCAUCCCCUGCAACUGAUGCUAAUAGUGUCUUGUGUUCUUCUACAUCAACACAUGCUCCAACUAAAUGA